CUCAAUCUCAAUCUCUGAAGGAAGCAAAAAUUAAAAAGGGAAGGAGAGAGCCUAAAAAGGCAAACUGGUUUCGGGUUCACCCACCAGAGCGGCCGGUCCAUCCGAAGCCCUCUCCUCCAAUCACACCCCGCCACAUCAUCAAAUCCUCACUGUAAAGGCACAGACAGCCAGCAGCUGCGAUAGAGCCCUAGACCCCGCUUCUCUCUCCCCUCACAGCUAUGAAGAAACCCUUCUCCUUUUCCCACCCAUAGCUCGCCGGCGCCGGACCCAAUACCGAGAGCCCAUUAAAGCUUUCAUCUUUAGCUUUGCCGAUAUAAAGUUGGAGUCUUUUGUUUCGAUCUUAUUGGGGAACUGAGAGGGAGAGACAUGUACGUGGUGCCUCCACCUCAGCGAUCGGAUCCGGGCGCCGGAUCCGCCUCCGCUGAUUCCCGGGUCUACCAGGUUUGGAAAGGCAGCAAUAUAUUUCUUCUCCAGGGGAGAUUUAUCUUCGGUCCGGAUGUAAGAUCGUUGGGCCUAACCAUACUUCUGAUUGUUGCUCCUGUCACUAUUUUCUGUGUCUUUGUUGCCAGAAGGUUGAUGGAUCACUAUUCUCAUUACUUGGGAGAAUUAAUAAUGGCCGUUGCUGUUGUAUUCACAGUUUAUGAUUUAAUGCUUCUCCUGCUAACGUCUGGGAGAGAUCCUGGUAUAAUUCCCCGCAACUUACACCCCCCAGAGCCAGAAGGCUUGGAUGGGAGUACAGAAAGUGGGGCUGGACAAACUCCACAGUUGCGCUUGCCUCGCAUCAAAGAAGUAGAGGUGAAUGGUAUCCCCGUUAAGAUCAAAUACUGUGAUACUUGUAUGCUGUAUAGACCCCCUCGCUGCUCACACUGUUCAAUAUGCAACAACUGUGUUGAACGAUUCGACCACCAUUGUCCCUGGGUUGGCCAGUGCAUUGGGCUGAGAAAUUAUCGAUUCUUCUUCAUGUUUGUCUUCUCCACGACCCUUCUUUGUAUAUACGUGUUUGCAUUCUGCUGGGUAUAUGUUCGGAAGAUCAUGGGAAGCGAGGACACAACAAUUUGGAAAGCAAUGAUAAAAACUCCAGCCUCUAUUGUUCUAAUCGUUUACACUUUCAUAUCAAUGUGGUUUGUUGGCGGCCUUACUGCCUUCCAUUUAUAUCUCAUCAGUACAAAUCAAACUACGUAUGAAAAUUUUCGAUACCGAUAUGAUAGGCGAGCCAAUCCAUAUAACAAAGGAUUUGCUGACAAUUUCAAGGAGAUAUUUUGCACCAGCAUUCCUGAGUCUAAGAAUGACUUCAGGGAAAAGGUGCCAAGGGAACCUGUUUUACCUCCUCGACCAGGUGGUGGUGGUUUCAUGAGCCCAAAUAUGGGAAAAGCUGUAGAUGACAUAGAAAUGGGAAGAAAAACGGUGUGGGGAGACAUGGGUGCCGGGGGUGAUCAUUUUGAAGGCCAACUUAACAGCAAUGAACGCCAGAAUGUUAAGGAGGGGGAGCUUGGUGAAUUUUCCCCAGACAUAAGGACUACAGUAGAUGAGACUGUGGAUCGUGCUGGAGUACAUCCCAGACGAUCCAGUUGGGGAAGGAAAAGUGGAAGUUGGGAGAUGUCGCCAGAAGUUCUUGCUUUGGCAGCGAGAGUUGGGGAACCAAACCACAUGGGUGGGAGUAGCAGCAGUGGAUUGGCAAAUGAAAACCGACAGACAUAAUACUAAGUGUUCAAAAUUUGACAAACCAGCAGCAGACUUGUGAAAUGGAGUGAUGGAUCUUUGCGACAGCAUAGCAUAGCGUUGGUUUAAGGUUGGUGCGCGGUCAUUUGAUUCCCACGUUAAUAUUAUGUGCAAUAUAGAGGAGCAGGGUCUUUGUAAGGGGGUGUUGGCUUGGGCAUGAGUGAGCUUUCUUGUUUUUGUAUCACAUUUGUGGGAUUAGCUAGUUCCUAAUUGUAUUGGAGUUGUGGAGUUACUGUUAAUUUUUCUUCAAUACUUCGAUAUGAAUUAAAAACCGGUGGACAGAUUGCCGGAUUUGGCA